ACGCUCGCUGACAGCGGUAAAAUCGGAGCACUCCGAACGGGAAAACAGUUGGGGAAAAGCAACGAGAGCCGUUCUCUCGCUGACGUCGCUGCCUGCGUCGACGUCGCUGCCAAAUCUAGGCGAAAAUCGCAACACUUGGCGCGGCACAUAGCCGCACUCCGGAUCCGGCUAAAAGUCAAGUGCAGGAGGCAGAGCACGGCAGCUGCGACAACUGCGGCAACUGCGGCAGCAGAGUUUUCCAAGCUCGGCGGCAGAGAUUCACUCUCGGCCGGGCGCCGGCGUCAGCGUUCCACGGGAUCCGUGAUUAGGUUUUACGGUUUCAGUCCGCUCGAUGACGCCGAAGCCAGCAGUUAUGCGCCCAGCAGCAGCAGCAGCAGCCAACGCAGCAGCAGCACUAAAGCCCUAAAUCUGUGACACUUCCUUCCGGUACCCACGUUGCGUAUACGCCACCGUAACCGCAUUCGCAUGCCGUCGCGCAAAAACCAAACAGUUUCAGUGCCAAAUCCAAAUCCAAGCCCAAAGAACCAGAAACAGCUACGCAAAGCUUAAGUUUACCAAAGCAUAAAACAUAAAACAAAACCUAAAACUAAACCAAAUCAGUGCUUAAUCCGAAAUGGACGUGGCCAAAAUACAAUCCACUUCCGGCCAGCAUCUGCUGCAUCCGGCCGCACCGCCCGCCCACCAGCACCACCUGCCCCUCGACUAUAGCUUGGGCAACUUCAAGCCAGCCAUUGCGUCGGACUUUCCCGGGUCCUUCCUCACCAGCCAACAGUCAUCGUCGGCCUCGAAUCCCGCCUCCUCUUCCGCCUCCGCCUCCGCUUCGCUGCAGGUGAGGGAUCUCAGCGCCCUGACGGCCAUGGCCACGAUACCCUCGAUACCCUCCACGUCGCCGCACGAGUUCGCGCCAAUGUCCGCCUUCAAAGCAGUGCUGCCCAAGAAGCGAAACUCCGACGAUGCCUCGCUAGCGUUUAGCAUAAGCAGACUGGUAAAGACUGAGCAACUGACGGCGAUGGCGGCGGCGGCCGUUGCCCUGAAGCCGCCGACUCCCUUGGAGGACAACAACAACUCACUCUCGAUGCUGAGCAAAAACCAGCAGAUGCAUCAGCAGCACCUCCCACAACAGCAGCAGCAGCAGCAGCAGCAGCAUCCGCUGCAGCGCUCCAAGCCGGCCUUCAUCAGCGCCAGCGAGAAGCUGCGCCGCCAGUCGCGAUCCCGCUCCAGGUCGAGAUCCCGCAGUCCCUGCUCCUCGCAAAUCGACAUGGAGGAUGCGGAGUCGCACCACUCGCACCGCUCCCUGCACUCCCGGUCGCGGUCCCGCUCGCGAUCCCAGUCCCGAUCCCGCUCGCACUCGAGCAGCUCGUCCGUGGAACUGGAGGUGGACUCGCCACCCGGCAGUCCGCGUAUCAGCUCGCCUAGUGGCGCCUCCGCCUCCGCCUCCGAACUGCUGAUCACCGCCAAUGGCGGUGGACGCAGCAUAGGGUCCAAGAAGUCGGACCUCUUUUCCGUUUCCGCCCUGCUCCGCCGGGACGAGCCCCCCCAGAGACGCACCCCCCGCAGCCCGCCCCUCGGACACCUGACCCCCAGUGCCCUGGCCAUGCCCUUCAAUCCGCUGGAGGCGAUGCGCCAGGGCUAUCCGCCCAACUACGAAGCGGCCAUGUUCCAGCGGCCGCUCUUCUCCCCCGCCCUGCCCUUCUUCGCCGCCGUCGCCUUCCACCAGGGUCAGCAGCAGCAGCAGCAGCAACAGCAACAGCAGCAAUCCGGCCUGGGAGCAAGCUACCAUCCGGACUCGCAGGAAAAUCUCUUCCGACUGCGGAAUCUGAUGGUGCCACUCCAAUCCGCCGGCCAGACCAACUCCUCAGCGGCCGUCGGCGUGGGCGUGGGCGUUGGCGUGGGCGUGCCACCCAGCGGCGGCCACCUGGGACUGCCCCACUCGCCGCAUCUGCACCACUUCCACCACAUGGCCGCCAAGUGGCCGGGCCUGCACCAAUUCAGCGACCUGUACUCGUGCAUGAAGUGCGAGAAGAUGUUCUCCACGCCCCACGGCCUCGAGGUCCACUCCCGCCGGACGCACCACGGCAAGAAGCCCUACGCCUGCGAGCUGUGCAACAAGACCUUCGGCCACGAGGUCAGCCUCAGCCAGCACAGGGCGGUGCACAACGUGGAGAAGGUGUUCGAGUGCAAGCAGUGCGGCAAGCGCUUCAAGCGCUCCAGCACCCUGUCCACCCACCUGCUCAUCCACAGCGACACGCGGCCUUAUCCCUGCAACUACUGCGGCAAGCGGUUCCACCAGAAGAGCGACAUGAAGAAGCACACCUACAUCCACACAGGUGAGAAGCCGCACAAGUGCCAGGUGUGCGGCAAGGCCUUCAGCCAGAGCUCCAACCUGAUCACGCACUCCCGCAAGCACACCGGCUACAAGCCCUUCUCCUGCAAGCUGUGCCACAAGGCCUUCCAGCGGAAGGUGGACCUGCGGCGGCACAAGGAGACGCAGCACACGGACCUGCGCGUCCACCUGGGCAAGGUGGACUUCAUGUCGGCGGCGGCGGCAGCGGUGGCCUCUGCGGAGCUGGGUGCGGCAGUGCCGACCGGAGGAGUGGGAGGGCCUGCGGGGAGCCAGGGGGCCAGUGCGGUCAACCAGGCCCCGAACGGGGGUCCUCCGAUGGGCACACUCAACUGCCAGAAGGUGUCCCUGCUGGCAUAACACCGGGGCCAGACCGAAAUCCAAACCCAAAUCAACCGCAACCAUUGUGCAAUAGACGGAAGUGAACAGCUUCGCCAGGCAUUUGCCCUGGCAUGAAACCAAACUCCAAAGAGAAAAGAUUAAAACAAUUUAAAUAAUUUUAAGCCAGCCAGAUAAAGAAAUGUUUCCAAUGUUGCCAAAAAAUAAAAUAGCAAAGAAAAGCUAAAAUCAAUUAAAGCAAGCACUAUAGUCAGUCUCAAGUCCUCAUUAAAAUGUAAUCGUGUUGCCAUCUUAAGAACAUACCAAAGCUAUUCCAGAACAAAAAGGAGUUUCCACGUUGCCCCUUUGUAAUGUCAGUUUGAAUUGCUGUGGCUCGCAAGCCAGUAAAAAUCAAAAUCAAGUUAAGAAAUUCCAUCAAUAUGAACUGUGCGUGUCGUACUCCGUAAAAUGUAACAAAUUAAAUCCAAAUGCAAGGAAUCCAAAAUAUAAAACAAAAAAAGCGUGAAAACAUAAUAAAGAUGUUCCAAGUUUUCGCUUCUAGAUAGUUGUGAAAUUUUAACUAAAUCGCUGUAUUAUGCAAACUAUUUUGAUAUUAUAUCAUUCCAAUGAAUUUAGUCUAAUUAAUGAAUUUUUUAACUUAUUUAUACAUAUUAUGUGUAUGUAUGUAAAAACCGCUAAACAAAUAUAUGAAUUUUCAUUUUAAUGUUUAACAAAAUAAUGUAUGUAAUAUUAAAAUAACAAUUACGAAGACAAAAACUAAUCUACACUCUAAGUAUUUUUAUGUUUCCAAAAUAAAUUGAAUUUAUUA